AUGGCGUUCCGAAUUGGUGGCCUGGUUGAAAUCUGCAGCAAAGAAGAGGGGUUCGUGGGUUCUUACUACUCUGCAGAGAUUAUCUUUACAGCCGAAAAGACUCAUUUCUUGGUGGAAUAUAAGAAUCUUUUAGCCCAAGACGGGAAGCGAUUGUUGAGAGAGAUCGUCCGUGCUGAUGAAGUAAGGCCUUAUCCUCCUGCAAUUCAAGUUUCUAAGCUUGGUCUGUUCGACAGAGUGGAUGCCUACGACAAAGAUGGAUGGUGGGUUGGAAGGAUCACUAGAAGAAACAAGUCCAGGUAUCAUGUGUACUUCGAAAGCACUGGAGAAGAAAUUGCCUACUCAGUUUCUCAAUUGAGAGUUCAUCAGGAGUGGAAAAAUGGCAAAUGGACUGAUUGCCUCGUCGUUGCUAAUUUGUUCUUGAUCUGUUAUCACUUCUCUCAGGCCCCUGAAAUUGCUUUGGUUCCACAGCAGAGAUAG